GAAUGAAUGUUGGCGACCGCUCACGCCCACAAGCACUAACCCAAGCAAGACACGGGCGCACACCUGAACGCACGCACAGUUGCACGCACGCACGUGCCUUUUUCUAUGCGAAUAGAAAAAGGCACGUGCUUCCUGGCACAUGCAUUAUUGCGCACACACGGUCACAAUGGGGAUUUGGUGACUACCUCUAAUAACACCAUCAUGUCACCAAAAAGGCUUUUCAAGUAUGUCUCUGUUCGCACCUCCAAGCACAUCUCUAAACAGAUUGACUGACAAUCGUCCGGAAGUGUCCCCUUGCAAGCGUGGCCUCCCUUUUGAGGGCGCAGCCGCGCAUGCGCAACCACCCGCAUGUUGAGGGAAUGGAAGGAGGAAGCUAGCCGAAGACACUUUGGGCCGGGCCACCAGCUUCCUCCUUCCUGUGUUGUCAUUGUCAAACGCAGCCGCCGCGCUUGCACUAAAAGCCGUUUUUGCACUUUGGACGGGAAACACCCGAUGGCAUGCUUCCUGUCGGACAAAUUUGCAACUGCAGUGAGCAGUCAUAGCCGGCGCCCGCCCAGAGGAGGCUGUGCCGGCGCCAUGACGGAGGACAAAUGCCCGCAGCUGCUGGACUACUUUGUUGUAGCGGGUCUGGACCCGGCGGGACCCUGGCGGCCUCUGGCACAGGCGGCGGGCCGCCGGGGGGCAGAGCCCGUGACUGAUCUGGCGGUGAUCGCCCGCAGCCUGGGCGAGGAUGUGCCACAGGGAUUCACCUGCAUUGACAAGUCGCUGGGCGGCCACUCGGCCGAGCUGAGCGCCGGCCUCAUCAACAACCCGCGCCUCUACCUCUGCUACAGGAGGGGCCUCCACAAGCCCCCCCUUCUCGAGCUCGGGGUGUUGUACGAGGGUAAGGAACAGCCCAAGGUGGGCUGGAACGUGAUCGAGACCACGCCCUACAGCCGCUCGGCCAACCUGAGCUCCGCUGCGGGCCCGGCGGCGCAGCGCGUCUUCUUGACGUACCGCCGAGCGGCGGACGAGCGAGGCCCGCACUCACUGGCUAUAACCGACAUCAGUGUGCUGCUGCCCGGCAAGGGUGAGGUGGCGCCGCACACCUUCAGCCGCGUGGACAAGAGCCUCAACACGGGCAUGUGGGGUCCGGCCGUGUUUGUGUGCUUCAAGCGGGCGGUGGCCAAAGCCAACGCACUGCUUUACGAGGCGGCGCUGCUGAGCCGCUACCCUGCCUGCGACCGGGAUGCCUUCCCGCUGCCUGAGUCGGUGCCUGUCUUCUGCCUCCCCAUGGGUGUGGCUCUGGAGAGCUGGCCUGCCGACGCCAAGUACCGGCUGCCCGUCUUCUCCACCUUUGUGCUCACCUCGGCCAGCGGCGACAAGGUGUACGGCGCGGCCAUCCAAUUCUACGAGGCAUUCCCUCGGGAGGCGCUGUCGGAGCACCAGAGCGUGCGCCUUGGCCUGCUGAGUGUGCUGGACCGCCGGCCUGUCCCUGAGCGCAGUCUGCAGGCCAAGAAGAGCAUCUGCGUGCUCUCGCACUGGCCCUUCUUUGACGUCUUCCAGAAGUUCCUCACCUUUGUCUACCGAUACUCUGUCUCCGGACCGCAUGUGCUGCCCCUGGAGAAGCACAUCUCCAGCUUCAUGCACAACGUUCCCUUCCCGUCCCCUCAGCGGCCUCGCAUCCUGGUUCAGCUUUCACCGAAUGACAACCUUCUCCUGUGCCAGCCUGUUUCCUCGCCGCUGCCCCUCAGCGGCGCAAGCUUCCUGAAGCUCCUGCAGAACCUGGGCCCAGCCAAUGCCUGCACGCUGCUCCUAGCCGUGCUGGUGGAGCACAAAGUCCUGCUGCAUUCGCUGCGGCCCGACGUCUUGACGGCCGUGGCCGAGGCGCUUGUUUCGAUGACCUUCCCGCUACGCUGGCUGUGCCCCUACAUCCCGCUGUGCCCGCUCCAGAUGGCCGAAGUGCUACUAGCGCCCGUGCCCUUCAUCGUGGGCGUGCACUCCAGCUACUUUGACCUCCACUGCCCUCCCGCCGACGUGGUCUGUGUCGACCUGGACACCAACACGCUCUUCCAGUCAGACGACAAGAGGCUGUUGUCAUGGCGAUCGUUACCCAGAAAGCCGGCCAAGACGCUGUUGGGUACCCUGGGCAAUCUGCACAAGACACUGGAGCAGAUUUGCUCUCCGGGCCAGGAGGAGGCCACGCUGGAGUUCCUGCUGACGGACUUUGACCAGACAUACCGUCGGCAGAAGCAGCUGGAGGCCGACAUCCAGGAAGCCUUCCUGCGCUUCAUGAGCGUGCUGCUGCGUGGUUACCGCGCCUUCCUGCUGCCCAUCACACAGCCGUCCUCUGCCACCGCCACUGACUGCAGCUCCCUCUUCAACCUGCAGGGCUUCCUGAAGUCUCGCGAGCGUACCCAGCAGAAGUUCUACUGCCAGCUGACGCGCACGCAGAUGUUCACGCAGUUCAUCGAGGAGUGCUCCUUUGUCAGCGACCGCCAUGCCUGCCUCGAGUUCUUCGAUGAGUGCGUGCAAAAGGUGGACGUGGAUAAGCCGGAGGAUGUCCGCCUGGUGGACGUGGACGAGAGCCACUGCGGCGAGCGCACCGUCUUCAUCAUGCCGCCCGAGCAGCCCACCCAAGACGACGGCUCAGAGUGCCCGGCCCGCUACAGUUACGACACUUUCCCAGCCUUGAGGGCAGAGCUCUUUGACCGCCCGCUGGACCAACUGUACGUCCCCGCCAAAGGCAGCGCGCCCAGUAGCCCCGCCCCGAGACGCACCAAACAGGAGUUGAAGGUGGCACAGCGGCGCGCGCAGAGCUGCUGCGGCUCGCCCGACAUGUGGUGCAAGUGUCUGCUGGGUCACAUGUACGCCCUCUGGUUCAUCUGCCUGCCCACCUUUGUGCGCGCCCAGAGCACCAAGGUGCCUGCCCUCCAUGCCGCCUUCGACGUCCUCAAGGACACAGAGAGCAGGAAGGUGCUGCUGCCUGACGAGGUGUGUUACAGAAUCCUGAUGCAGCUGUGCGGCCAGUACGGUCAGCCUGUGCUUGCCGUGCGCGUCCUCCUGGAGAUGAAGAAAGCGGGCGUCACACCCAACACCAUCACGUACGGAUACUACAACAAGGCCGUCCUGGAGAGCAAAUGGCCGUCAGCCAAUCGGGGCGGGCGCUUGCUUUGGGCCAAGCUGAGGAACGUGCUGCUGGCCAUCGCCCUCUUUAGGCAGCCAGUCAAAAUGCGCCGCCGCGCCCGAGCCGUCCCGGAAGAGCGCUGGCCCCACCCUCACUUGCCUCUGAUUCGUCAAGCCAGCUGGAGCGGCCUGAGCGAAAGCUCCAGUCAUGAAUCUCUGACGGGAUCCCUCGCCAAGAGCAGCAGCCUGAGCAGCAUCAAGACGCCUGCACAAACCACAAGCAACGGGAAGUCGGGCCGCUGCCGUGGCGGCGUAUCCGGCAAGCCCCCCCCGGUGCCCCUCGCUGGAGUCCUGGUACGUCGCAGCGACAUCUGCUUGUCCGGCUUCUACACCGCUGCCGAGAACAACAGCGACUGGGAGGCGGGGGCCAGAGCGGCGAGCGCGUGCGAGACGGCGUCGGUGGACGAGAAUGACAACAAAGUGUCGCCGUCGGGCCGAGGCCUGGCAGGGCGGCUGCAACGGCUCCUGACGCCCACACGGCACCGGGCGGCGGUCCGCCGCGCUGCCAGCGUGGACGAGCGGCGACCCAGCGGGCCAGCACCCGCCUCAACUUCGGGACGCCGGCUCUCCGAGCACCGCCGGUCCAGGAAGUCGCAGGUGGCAGAAACGCUACUGAAAGCCAAAGAGCGCCUUGCCGGCGCCUCCUCGGAGAGCUCGCUCUCGCUGGGCAGUGACGCUGAGCCAGCGGACGCACCCUGGCUGCCGUGCCACUCCUGGGACGCCAAUCAAGAUGUGGCGGGGAUGGAGGUUCUGAUGUCGAGCUGCUCGCGGUGCCGGGCUUGCGGCUGCCUGGUGUACGAUGAGGAGAUCAUGGCGGGAUGGACGCCCGACGACUCCAACCUCAACUCCCGCUGCCCCUUUUGCGCCGCCUCCUUUGUGCCCUUCCUCAACGCCCGCGUCCGCGACGUCCAACUCCACAGCAGCAGCGAGGACAGGGGCAAGAUCGCCGCCCGGCCGCCCGACAAACAUCUGGCGACCCCGUGGUGUAAGGGCGUGGGUGACAACUCGGCCUCUGAGAGUGACGUGGUAAGUGUGGAGACGCGUGGUGGGAUGGGCGGCAGGCGUUUCACUCUGCGCCGUGAACCCCCCCCCCCCCCCCAGGUGGCGGUGGCAUAUGUGAGUCCACUGGUGCUGCGCAAGGAGCUGGAAAGCCUCCUGGACCACGAGGGCGAGGCGGUGCUGGGUCAGCCGCAGUUCCUGGAGAGCCACUGCAUCAUCUUCUGGAACCUUAUGUGGUUCUUCCAGCGCCUUGGCCUGCCCAGCCACCUGCUACGUCUCCUUGGCGAGCCGGCACAGGUACAAUCGUCUUUGGUGACAAGAUCACUUCCAGAGGUCAUUUUGUGUGCGUACGUGUGGCAGGGCUCGUGUGUUCGCGUGAGGCUCCAGUGGGACACCCUGACCCCCGACCCCAACGCGUGGCCGCCCCUUUACGUGCUGUGGCGUCUUCACAGCGGCGGGCCUGUGCGCGGCUCCCACUGGCGGCGCCACAACCACCCUUUCACACUGACCUUUCUGGAGGAGGUCCUGCGCUGUGUGGGCAUGAAUGAAAUCCACAAAGCUGUCACGCUCUUCCUCGACACCGUCGACGAGGCACGCCGCCAUGCCCACUCUGCUGCUCCGCCGCUCCGCAGGAGCGUGUACCGGGAGUUGCUGUUCCUGACGCUGGCGGCAAUGGGCCAGGAUCACGCGGGCGCUUUUGACAAGAAGUACAAAGUGGCGUACGUGCGGCUGAGUGGCCAGCUGGGCAAAGAGGAGCUGCGCCAGAGGCGAGCUCAGCCUCCCAGCGCCAAAGCCCUCGACUGCAGACGGAGCUUCCAGACGCCGCUCCAGUGCUGAGGCUAAAGACGCCGUUCCCUCAGUCACGGCGUCUCGCCCUCAUCCCGCAGCUGGCGGCUUUGUCCUCGGACGCGACAUGGGCACCCUGGCUGGCGCGCUGUCCGGCAACCAGACGUCGCGGGAUGCUGCCUCUGCUGCUUGUCGUUUGUUGGGAAAAAAAAGCAUACAAGUGCCGUGAUGAGCGAGCAGAGAGAGUCGCAGUCUCAAUUGAAUCUGCGGCAGCCCGUGACGUCAGGCCAAUGUCGUGCGAUGUCCUAAGGCGACGUUUGCGUGGAGAUAGUUGAGUGGUCCCUUUGUGACCAUGCAACCUUAGCCACGUGUCCACAAAAAAAUAAAUAAAUAAGAAGUUGCUCUCGGGAUUGUUUAAAAAAAAGACUGCUGUGUUUCCUCUGUUGUUUUUGCAAGAAAAUAAACGCAGAGUAGAGCAUUUCCUGGGUGAA